UUUCGACAGCAAUCCAAUUCGAUUUAAUUUACAAUUUUAUUAGAGCGCAAAUAUGCUGUUGCUGCGUUUAUUCUGUAUUUAGCUGAAACGAUGUACCUUCUCGCUAAGUGAAACUUGAUUAGAUGAGCUUGCUGGAGAAAAUCGGGUUCAAUUAGUUUGAUUAAAGUGUUAAUAAGAGCGGUGUUGAUGGAUGGAUUAGUUGGGUCGAUUUCGUUUAAGAAAAUGCGAUUAAUUAAUGUGUGAAUGAAUAUUGGUGCUGUAGAAAUAAAGAUUUGUUGCGUUUGCGUUUGCCAAUCGAAACACCAAAUUGGGGAAGUGCGUCUCCUCCGCAUAGAAGAAGAGGAGGCGGCGGCGUUUUAUGAUAUUAUAUAAUCGGUGUGAAAAUUGGAGGGGAACUGGUUAUUAUAUUAUCAGUCGGUUUGUACAAACUCACUAUACAAACACAUUUUUAUUUAGCUGCAAGUACAUACAUGAAUAAGUAUUGCGGGUCGGUGACGUUGCGUGUUUAGGGAGAGAGAUAUAUAUGUGUGUGUGUAUAAUAACCGACACAUUUUGCUCGUUCGUUCUUUUCUUUUUUGUGCUUCCUCUCCUUUCGUUCUCGAGCAAAUAAUAAUGGAACGCAACGCGAAGUAAUUCGAGAGUGAAAGUGAUUACGUUUCUUGCGCUCCGCCGUUAAUAACAACAACGCAAGCAGCAGCAGUAUCGCGAAUUUAUAUACAUACUUAUAUACAUAUAUAGAACUCGUUCCGCGUGCUACUCGCAACAUGGAAGAUCUGUUUGAUGAGUUUUACAAAGAGUUCGACGAACAAUACGAGGUGGAAUUGAGGAGGAAGAAACGCGAGAGCUGGGAACAGUACUGGGCCUGUGAACAAUCGAUUGCGAGUGCCCGUGCUAGUGUGAUGGUGUACGAUGACGUGAACAAGAAAUGGGUACCAUCGGGAUCAUCUUUGGGUCUUUCCAAGGUCCACAUCUACCAGCACACGGCUCAGCAGACGUUCAGGGUCGUCGGGAGGAAGCUGCAGGAUCACGAGGUCGUCAUCAAUUGCGCCAUCCUGAAGGGCUUGAAGUACAACCAGGCGACGGCCACCUUCCAUCAAUGGAGGGACAACAAGCAGGUCUACGGACUCAAUUUCAGUUGCAAGGAGGACGCGGAUCUCUUUGCCAGAGCGAUGUUCCAUUCCUUAGAAAUUCUUGGAAAUGUGGAUAGAGUAAAGCAACAGCAGCAGCAACAACAACAAACUAUGCAGCAACAGCAGCAGUACGUGCAACAACAGCAGACCAUGCAGCAGCAGACGAUGCUGCAGCAACCGACGAUGCAACAGCAACAGACCAUGCAACAGCAACAGACUAUGCAACAGCAGCCACCGCCGCAGCAGCAACCCCAGCAACAGUAUUCUCCUGCUCAGCAGCAGUACGACGAGGACAUGGGGUACCGCACGAUGACCAGGGAGGAUGUUGCCAUGAUCCAGGAGCGCAGGAUAUCGUCGGCGCUGAUGUCGCCGCAGCAGCAGACGUCGCCCAUGAAUAAUGUUCCUGUCGCGCCGGCGACACCCAGCAGCAUCGUGCAGCCUAGUCCGGUGUCGCCGCCCUCAAAUCCCGGCCACCAACGCACGACCAGCGCUCCUCCGGCACCGCCUCCCAUGAUGGCCAAUGCGAUGAUGUCCGGUGGACCACCGCCUCCGCCGCCCAUGGGUCAAAUGCCGAUGGCACCUCCGGCGCCUCCAAUGUGCCCACCGCCGAUGCUUGGAGGCGGACCACCGCCAGUUCCUAGCGGUCCGCCGCCUCUCAUGGUCGUCGGUGGCGGCGUCAUCGGUGGACCACCACCGAUGGGUGGAGGUGGAGGUCCGCCUCCCAUGGGCGGUGGAGGAGGACCCCCACCGCCUCCACCUCCACCGGCCAACAUGUCCCGGUCGGCUAGCAGCGACAUGGUCGAAAGUAACUCCUUGGCCGCUCAAUUGCAGAGCGCAAGAUUAAAAAGAAAUAGCAAGAAUACUCCACCGCCGGCAGAGAAUAGUGGAUCUUCGACUAGCAGCGGUGGCAGCAACUACGGAACAAUAGGUAGAGGUGGCGGCGGAAGUAUGGCCUGCAUGAUGGAUGAGAUGGCGAAAACGUUAGCGCGCAGAAGGGCGGCCGUUGAGAAGAAGGUUCCGGAUGCGGAUGAAGACGACAAGAAGGCGACCUGGGAGAAGACGAACACUCUUCCUGCGAACAGCAGCAAGUUCAACAACGGCGAUUCCCCGAAGAGCGUCCGCAAGCGUUUCGGAUCUGCAUCCGAAGAGACGAUCCUCAAGGUGAACGGCCUCACCGACAACCUGUCCAUCGCGCCCACCGAGCUGGAGGCGCUCAAAAACGAAAUCAUCAAGGAGGUGCGGAAGGAAGUCUCCAAAAUGAAGCAGGACAUUAUAGACGCAAUCAAAUCCGAACUGAACCGAAGAUAAUUCACUCUUUUUCCACUACGACUAUUGUGCAUUUAUUUCUAUGUAUUAUUUUUUGAGUUGUUUGUUCGUUUUAUUAUUUUUUUUUAAAGUAACCAACAACGUAUAUGUAUAUUUAAAACAAAGAAGAAGAAGAAGAAGAAAAGAAAACAAUUGAUGAACCCAGCGAAUGGAGUCCAUCUGCCCCCUCUUGGAUAUUAACUGUAUAUUAAGAUAUGAAGAAUGUGGAUGAAGAAGAGUAUUGCGAAGAAUGUUUCCUAUGGCUGUUGCAUUCGAAGAAGGAAGUUGUGAAAUUGUGGAUUUAAGAUGAAGUAUAUAUACAUACACAUACAUAAAAAUAUAUAUAUAUUAAUGAGGAUGCAAAGGAGAGGAACAAAAAAAAAAGCAAGUUUGUAUCGGGGUUGUGUUUAGGCAUUUAAUAGGAAGGUUCAAUUUUAAAACACACAGUUUGUAUCUGAUUUAUUUUAUAAUCGAUUUUUAUAUACAUAUAUACAUACAUACAUACAUACACGAACAUGGGAAGUUGGUGUAUUCUUCGAACGGUCGUUUGAUUGUGUAAAAAGGGAAGAAAGACAAGUGUGGAUUGGAUUGGAACGAUUGAUUCAGGAUAGCUGAUUUUUAAUGUAACUGCUAUAUAUAUACAAGAAACGAGACGAUACAAAUGAUUUGAAAUGAAAGAACAAAAAAAAAAGUAUAAGAUUAUAUAUAUAUAUAUAUAA